AUGUCGGCCAAGGUGCGGCUGAAGAUGCUGGAGCAGCUGCUGCUGGACGGGCCGCGGCGCAACGAGAGCGCGCUGAGCGUGGAGACCCUGCUGGACCUGAUUGUCGGGCUCUACACCGAGUGCAGCCGCGACUCGCCGCUCCGCAGGGACCGAUAUGUCUCCGACUUCCUCGAGUGGGCAAAACCAUUUACACAAUUGGUGAAGGAAAUGCAACUUCAUCGAGAUGACUUUGAAAUUAUAAAAGUAAUUGGAAGAGGUGCAUUUGGCGAGGUUGCAGUUGUUAAAAUGAAGAGCACAGAACGCAUUUAUGCAAUGAAAAUUCUAAAUAAAUGGGAAAUGCUUAAAAGGGCAGAGACAGCUUGUUUCCGAGAAGAGAGAAAUGUUUUGGUGAACGGAGAUUGUCAGUGGAUAACUACGUUGCACUAUGCCUUUCAGGAUGAGAACUAUUUGUAUUUAGUAAUGGACUACUAUGUGGGUGGUGAUUUGCUGACACUUCUCAGUAAGUUUGAAGACAAGCUUCCUGAAGAUAUGGCCAAAUUCUACAUCGCUGAAAUGGUGCUUGCUAUACAUUCCAUUCAUCAGCUGCAUUAUGUGCACAGGGACAUAAAGCCUGAUAACGUUCUUUUGGACAUGAAUGGCCAUAUACGUCUGGCAGACUUUGGAUCAUGCUUGAAGAUGAGUGAAGAUGGCACUGUACAAUCUUCAGUGGCAGUGGGUACGCCUGACUACAUCUCUCCUGAGAUACUGCAAGCAAUGGAAGAUGGGAUGGGAAAAUAUGGACCUGAAUGUGACUGGUGGUCUCUGGGUGUCUGUAUGUACGAAAUGCUGUAUGGUGAAACACCCUUUUAUGCAGAAUCAUUAGUGGAAACCUAUGGGAAGAUUAUGAAUCAUGAAGAACGAUUUCAGUUUCCAUCCCAUGUGACAGAUGUAUCUGAAGAAGCAAAAGACCUUAUUCAGCGACUUAUUUGUAGUAGGGAACGUCGACUAGGACAGAAUGGAAUAGAGGAUUUCAAGUCACAUGCAUUUUUUAAAGGACUUAAUUGGGAUAAUAUUCGAAACCUAGAAGCACCUUAUAUUCCAGAUGUUAGCAGUCCUUCUGAUACAUCGAACUUUGAUGUAGAUGAUGAUGUAUUGAGGAAUCCUGAAAUCGUGCCACCAGGUUCUCAUACUGGCUUUUCUGGAUUACAUUUACCUUUCGUUGGGUUUACAUAUACAACUGACAGCUUAUUUUCUGAUAGAGGCUCUUUAAGGAGUGUAAUGCAGUCCGGUGCUGUAACCAGAGAUACGGAGGACAGCUUGCAAAUAGAAGCUUAUGAAAGGAGAAUACGAAAACUGGAGGAAGAAAAACUGGAUUUGUACAGAAAACUGCAAAAAUCUCCUGUGCCGGAUCCAGCUCAUGAUGAAAUCAAGAAGCUAACUGAAGAAAUUGAACGUUUGAACAACAAAAUAGCAGAACUACAGCAUGAAGACUCCACACACAGGCUAAAAGGACUUGAAAAGCAGUACAGAACAAUAAGGCAAGAGAAGGAGGACCUUCAUAAGCAACUUGUGGAAGCUUCAGAAAGAUUAAAGGCACAGUCCAAAGAACUGAAGGAUGCUCAUCAGCAAAGAAAGCUAGCUAUGCAGGAGUUUUCAGAGCUCAAUGAGAGAAUGGUAGACUUGCGCUCUCAGAAACAGAAGUUCUCCCGACAGCUUCGUGACAAAGAGGAAGAGAUGGAAGUGAUUGUGCAGAAAAUUGAUUCUAUGAGACAGGAAAUUCGUAAAUCUGAGAGAGCCAGAAAAGAGCUGGAAGCUCAACUUGAGGAUGCCACCGCAGAAGCAUCAAAGGAACGCAAGCUUCGUGAACAUAGUGAGAUUUUUUCCAAGCAGCUGGAAAAUGAACUAGAAGCACUAAAGCUAAAGCAAGGAGGCCGUGCAGCAGGUGCCACAUUAGAACAUCAGCAGGAGCUUUCCAAAAUGAAGUCCGAGCUAGAAAAGAAAAUCUUGUUCUAUGAAGAGGAGUUAGUCAGGCGAGAGGCAUCCCAUGUCUUGGAAAUAAAAAAUAUAAAAAAGGAGGUGCAUGAUUCAGAAAGCCAUCAGCUAGCACUGCAGAAAGAGAUCAUGAUGCUAAAAGAUAAAUUGGAGAAGGCAAAACGAGAGAGGCACAAUGAGAUGGAGGAGACCGUAGGAACAAUAAAAGAGAAAUAUGAACGGGAAAGAACCAUGUUCUUUGAAGAUAACAAAAAGUUAACAACGGAAAAUGAAAAGCUUUGUUCCUUUGUGGAUAAAUUAACAGCACAAAACAGGCAGCUAGAAGAUGAGCUCCAAGACCUGGCAGCAAAGAAAGAAUCGGUUGCUCAUUGGGAAGCUCAGAUUGCAGAAAUUAUUCAGUGGGUAAGUGAUGAGAAGGACGCACGUGGAUAUCUUCAGGCUUUAGCUUCCAAGAUGACAGAAGAAUUAGAGUCAUUGAGAAUCUCUAGUCUGGGCUCAAGAACAUUGGAUCCACUUUGGAAACUGCGACGCAGUCAGAAGCUGGAUAUGUCAGCAAGGCUGGAACUGCAGUCUGCUCUGGAUGCAGAAAUACGUGCCAAACAGCUAAUUCAAGAAGAAUUACGAAAGGUUAAAGAUGCAAACAUAUCCUUUGAGAGUAAGCUGAAGGAAUCUGAAGCAAAAAAUCAGGAACUGUUGGAAGAAAUGGAGGGAUUGAAGAAAAAGCUGGAAGAAAAAUACAGAACAGAUACAGGUCUCAAACUUCCAGAUUUUCAAGAUUCAAUUUUUGAAUAUUUCAACACUUCACCUCUUGCACGCGAUCUGACUUUUAGAACAAGUUCUAUUAGCGAGCAGGAAACACAAGGUCCCAAACCAGAAGUCUCACCAUCCACUUCUGUUAUGACUACAGAACAGCAGCAAGAAGAACCAAUACGGCUUCAGAGGAUGCCUGCUGUUCCCUCCCCUACCAUUCAGUCCAUUUCUCUAGCUGUACCAAAGCCUAAAGCUCACCAACUCAAUAUCAAGUCCUUUUCAAGCCCUACUCAGUGCAGUCACUGCACAUCUCUCAUGGUGGGAUUAGUUCGACAAGGCUAUGCCUGCGAUGUGUGUUCAUUCGCAUGCCAUGUUUCCUGCAAGGACAGUGCGCCUCAGGUCUGUCCUAUACCCCCUGAGCAAGCCAAAAGGCCUCUCGGAGUAGAUGUGCAAAGAGGGAUAGGAAUGGCGUACAAAGGUUAUGUUAGGGUUCCAAAGCCUACAGGAGUUAAGAAGGGGUGGCAGAGGGCCUAUGCAGUUGUCUGUGACUGCAAACUAUUUCUAUAUGAUGUGCCUGAAGGAAAAUCCACCCAGCCUGGAGUUGUUGCAAGUCAGGUGUUGGAUCUCAGAGAUGAAGAUUUUUGUGUGAGCUCUGUCCUAGCAUCAGAUGUAAUACAUGCAACCCGUAAAGACAUCCCUUGUAUAUUCAGGGUGACAGCUUCUCUCUUAGGCUUCCCUUCAAAGACCUGUUCACUACUGAUCCUGACGGAAAAUGAGAAUGAAAAGAGAAAAUGGGUUGGAAUCCUGGAAGGGUUGCAAUCUAUCCUGCACAAAAACAGACUUAAAAACCAAGUUGUACAUAUUCCACAAGAAGCCUAUGACAGUACACUGCCUCUUAUUAAAACAAGUUUAGCUGCUGCUAUUGUAGAUCGAGAUAGAAUAGCAAUUGGUUCAGAAGAAGGACUGUAUGUGGUAGAGGUGACCCGUGAUGUGAUAGUCCGAGUUGCUGACUGUAAGAAGGUGUACCAGAUUGAGCUUGCUCCCAAAGAGAAAAUUAUUAUCCUCAUCUGUGGCAGGAACCAUCAUGUUCACCUGUACCCUUGGGCCUCCCUGGAUGGAUCAGAAAGCAACUUUGACAUGAAACUUCCAGAAACUAAAGGCUGCCAGUUGAUUAUAACUGGAACACUGAAGAAAAGCUCUUUGACUUGUUUGUUUGUGGCAGUCAAACGACAGGUUCUUUGUUAUGAAAUUCAUAGAACUAAACCUUUCCAUAAAAAAUUCACUGAAAUUCAGGCUCCAGGAAAUGUACAGUGGAUGGCAGUGUUCAAGGACAAGCUUUGUGUUGGCUACCAGUCUGGGUUCUCUCUGUUGAACAUCCAGGGAGAUGGACAAUCUAUAAACCUGGUAAAUCCUAAUGACCCCUCGCUUAUGUUCCUCUCACAGCAGUCUUUUGAUGCCCUUUGUGCUGUGGAGCUCAGUAAUGAGGAAUACCUGCUUUGCUUCAGCCAUAUGGGAGUGUACGUCGAUUCACAAGGUCGAAGGUCACGCAUGCAGGAACUAAUGUGGCCUGCAACUCCUGUUGCCUGUAGUUGCAAUUCUUCCCAUGUUACAGUGUACAGUGAAUACGGCGUGGAUGUCUUUGAUGUUAACACUAUGGAAUGGGUUCAGACAAUUGGCCUACGAAGGAUCAGACCAUUAAAUGUGGAGGGCACACUGAAUCUCCUUAAUUGUGAACCUCCACGACUUAUAUAUUUCAAGAACAAGUUUUCAGGAGCUGUCCUCAGUGUGCCAGAAACUUCUGAUAACAGCAAAAAGCAAAUGCUUCGAACCAGAAGUAAAAGAAGAUUUGUCUUCAAGGUUCCUGAGGAAGAGAGAUUACAACAAAGACGAGAGAUGCUGAGAGACCCUGAACUAAGAUCAAAAAUGAUUUCUAACCCAACAAAUUUCAACCAUGUGGCUCAUAUGGGACCAGGAGAUGGAAUGCAAGUUCUCAUGGAUCUCCCACUGAGUGUCUUACCUUCCGCCCAAGAUGAAAAAGCAUGUCCCCCCACAGCCAACCUCUCACGGCAGCAGCAGAGAAGCAAAACCUACAUUUCAUGGCCCUCAUCAAGUGGUGGUGAUUUGGGAGUAGCUGUACCUCUGAGAAGUAUGUCCGACACUGACCAGGAGUUCGACAAAGAGCCUGAUUCAGAUUCUACCAAACACUCUACUCCCUCUAACAGCUCAAAUCCAAGCGGUCCCCCAAGUCCCAAUUCUCCACAUAGGAAUCAGCUUACACUAGAUGGACUGGAUCAGUCAACCUGUGAUGCGUAA